GGUGGGUGGGGUUGAGGGGCUGGGAAGGCGUCAGUCUGCGGGGUUGGAGCGGAGUGCGCGAGUGCGUGAGUGCGUGAGUGGAGCCGCCAUGGCCGCCAAGGGCUGAAACGGAGGCCCCGGGCCGCGGUGGAGACAGGAGCCAGCCUCGAGAUUUAGCAGCAGGGCUGCCGGCCGGGGGUCGUGGUCCCGGCGGGGUCGGGAGCUAGCGGGAGACAUGCCGGGCCGCUGUGUGGGGCCCAGCCGGCCCGGGCGGGGAGUUCGGCGGCCUUGGGGGAAAGGGCUGCUGGCGGGGACCCCCCGAGGCCGAGGAGCCAGACGCCGGGCGAGGGCCUCGCUGGGGGAAACGCGCUGCGUGAGCGCGGAGAAGCCGCAGCGCCGUCGGCGGCCGCGGGGGCGCAACCCGGCGGCAGGGACCGCCGAGGCUGCCGGCCCCCACCAGGCUUCUGGGGCGUCGAGGGAGGAGGCGCGGGAGCCGGGGAGCGUGUGGGUUAAUGGGGCUGUGGGGCAGCCCCAAGUGGUGGGGCCCGCGGGGGCCGUGUGGGUGACCGGGCCCGGGGAGGAGCCGGAGGCGGGGGAGCGGAGUCCCCGCGGCAACCAGAGAAAAGGCCGCCCGGGCUCCGUGGGGCAGGACAGCAUCUUGGAGCUGUGGCUGAAAGUGCAGGCCUUGAGGGCCGCCACGGGCCACGAGCAGAGCAGCCGCGUGGAGCUCCAUCCUGUGCCUGCAGGGGAGGGCCCGGUUGAAAGGGGGGUGCCGGGCAGGGCCUCCUGGGUGGAGACGAGCCGUGCGGGUGUCACAGGCCCGUGGGUGGAAGGGCAGGCGCGGGAGGCGCAGGGGAUCCCCCGGCCGCCCAGCACCGGGGCCCUGCGGGCUUUCUGCGCCCGGGUGUCUGGCCUGUGUGGGUUGCAGCCUCCUGCGAGGGUGCCCGCUAUGGGUGUACCAGGGACCUUGGAGGCUAGGGCUGGGAUUGCUCCCCAGCUGCCAGCCCGGGGACAGGCAGCGGGGGUUCCGGGGGCAGUGGAGAUAGGCUAUGGGGUGGUCCCGGGUUCUUGGGGCAAAGGGCCCCUUAGGGGGGUGCCUGGGACAGGGUGGCCCGAGGUAGUGGAGGUACCUACAACUGUGGAAGGAGCGAUAGACUGCGGGAGUGUUGCAGGUCUGUGGGAGAGAGGGCAGGCAGGACAGCAGGUUUCCGGGACGCUGGUCCAGGAGGCAGCAUGUGGGGAUACCCCGGGCCUUUGGGGUCGAGGACAGGCAGCAGGACUGCCUGAUGCUGUGCAAGAUGGGGCUGCCUCAUUGGGGGGCCCAGGUGUGUGGCUGAGAAGACAGCCCAGGGAAGAGCAAGGCAUUGAGGACAUCCCAGCUCUAUGGGGCACAGGACAGCCUGUGGGGGUGCCUUGUGCUGUUGAGGAGGAGACAAGAUAUGGGGGUGACCCGGGGUUCAGAGAUAGGGGACAGGCUCGGUGGGUAGAAACGGGCUCAGGAGGGGACCCAGGGUCCUGGGAAGCCAGGCAGACUGUACAGAUGGCUGGGCCUGAGGAGCAGGAAGCAGGGCCUGCAGGUGCGCCAGGCUUCUGGGGUACAGAACAGACUAUGAGGGUCCCUCAGGCCCUGGGGAAAGAGGUGGGCUGUGGGGCUGUGCCCAGUGUGUGGAGGACAGAACAGCCUCUGGGGGUGUCCCAGGCGGUGGUGGCACCAGGAGUUGUAGGACAGCAGUCGAGUUGUGAUGCCAUCCCAGGCCUCUGGGCCAGGCAGCAGACUCUGGCAGUGCCUGUGACUGAGGCUGUGCCUGGGGUCAUUCUGGAGAAGCCGUGCUGUGGGAAUGCCCUGAGCCUAUGGGAGCAGAGGCAGGCUUUGGAGGAACAGGAGGUGCUGGUGCCUCCCGCGUUUGGGGCUCCUGGGCCUGUGAAUCAGGAGACAGACUGUAGGGACGCUUCGUGUCUCUGCAGGAGGAGCCAGGCCAUGGGUUUGCCGGAGACCAUGGCAGUGCCUGAGGUGGCCAAUGUGCCCAAGCACAGGUGUACCUCAGCAGGAGCACCCAUACCUGUGGGGCUGCCUGGGUCUGAAAGGGUGCCUGCAAGGGUCCCUGCUGCUGUUUGGGUGUCUGGCCCUAUGUGCCAGGAACUCAGUUCUGGAGAUGUCUCAAACCCAUGGGAAAGGGUUCUUACUGCUAGAAUGCCUGUGGAGUCGGGGGCAGCCGUGGCCCCCGAAGAGCUGUGGGCUAUAGGAGAGAACACUGGUGCCGGAGCAUGGGGAAGGAGACAGGCCCUUGGGGUGCCUGUGAUUGCUAGGAUUUCUGUGGCUUCUGAAGUGCCUGGACUUAGGACAGAGCAGACUGGCUUUGGAGGUGCCCCGGGUCCUUGGGGGAGGAGACAGAAUGCCAGUGUUCCUGCAGCUGCUGGGGGACCUGAAACUCCUAGGGGACCUGUUCCUCUGGAGGUCGAGACAGGCUCUGGGGCUUUCUCAGGUUUGCCAGGAAGGACACAGACCACAGGAGUGCCUGUGAUUGCAGGGGUAUUCGCAGCUGAUGGGGUGCCUAGACCUGUGCCAGAGACUGACUCUGGAGGUGUCUCAAGCAUGUGGGGCGAGAGAGAGACAGUAGCAGGUUCUGUAGACGCCAGGUGUCCCACAAGGAUGGGGAUGCCCCUGACUGCUGGGGUGUCUGGGCCCAUAGGGGAAAAUGGUCUUGGUAGUAUCUCAGAUGUAUUGGGAGGAAGACAAACUGCUGGGGUUCCCAUGGCUGUUGGACUGCACACAGCCAGAGGGAUGCCUGGGCUGGUGGGGGCAGAGAUGCUCUCUGGGAGUCUAGCGGAUUUCCCCGGAAGACAGCAAACCUUGGAGAUACCUAUGGCUUCUGGAGUUGCCAUGGACGUAGGGGUGUCAACAGAAGCUGGGCUGAUGGAGGGAGUCACUAGCUCUAGGAAUGGCUCAGGUGUGUUGGGAAGGACGCUGGUGACUGAAGUCCCUGUUGCUGCCAGUGCUCCUGGAUCUGUGGAGGAGGAGCCUGGCUCUGAUGGUGUUUCUGACCGAUGGAGAAGGAGGCCCAAUGGAACUGUUCCUGAGGGCCCUGUGAGAGGGCCUCUGACUUUAGGGGUGCUUGCUGCUGUAGGUGUUCCCAUUACAGGGCGAAUGCCUGCUGCAGUGUGGGUGACUGGGCCUGCAGAAAGCACAAAUGUGGCUGAGUCAGGCCUCACUGCAGCGAGGACACACUCCAUAGAAGGGGUUUCAGGAGAAGAGUCUGGAGAUGGAAGUAUCCUGGAGCCACCAGGAAGGCGCCCAGCUGUGGGGGUGUCCUAUUCUGUUGGCCCCAGGACCAGGUUGUGGAGCUGUCCAAGGUCCCAGGGGGAAGGUACAGUGUAUGAGAAUGUGCCAGGAGUAGUAGGGCCAAGAAUAACUGGGGGGGUGCCAGAAACUCUGGCAACACCUCCAGAUUCCAGUGAAGAAACAGGCAUUGGCUAUUUCCGAGAGCGUGGGAGAACACAGGCUGGGGUGUCUGGAUUCAGAGUGAGGGGGAGCAAUUUGGGAGCAAAUUGCGGGGGGGAGGACAGAUUGAGGGAGUCAUUCCAGAAGUAGGUCUAGGGGAUGU